UACCAAAUAAUUAGAAAAUGUAUAUAUUGUUUCCUCUGCCUAGUUAGUAGGCUUUUUAAAAGUCUGACGUUCUAAAAAGUUCAGUAAUCAUAAAGCCUGCGGAAUAACCAAUGCCUAUCAAUCGAGAAAGGCUAAUCCUUAGAGGAUUGCUGCGAAUAUCUAUUUACCUACUUCUCGGCUAUCUUUUGUAUUUGAAAAUCAAUCAAAAGCAAAAGAAUCAAGAAAGUGAAGAGGUCGAAAAUGUUAUAAGCUAUGGAGAUGAAUUUUCUGUCAAUACAUCAGGAUGCCAAAUACAUUCUAUGAAACCCUUUGUGGACUCUGCUAUCAGCUUUAUGGUACCGUUUGGGCCAUUUUUCUGCCCCGAACUGCAGCUAAUGAGGGCCGAGACUAUAGAAGGAAGAAAUUAUAUGGUACGCUCACUUUCAGACUCCGGGUACUUUCGAACCCUUCUUUUAAAGGGUAGGCAUCUGUUCUGCAUGUACCGUGAAUUUAUCCGGGAUGACGAUUUUUGCAACACAUAUAUCUCAUUAAAGUUUUUAAGACUAAAGAACGAUUUCAAGCGUGUUGAGGUAGGAUCUGGUGAACAGAACAUACGGAUCUGGUGCUGGGUGGACUUUGGCAGGCUCAUAUUCCACGACGUUCUUUUCUUCGUGCCACCUCCCAAACCCGAAUCAGAAUCCCCGCCAGUCCACAGUAAACUGUCAGUCAUGAUCAUGGGUGUCGACUCCAUAUCCCACAUGCACUACCUUCGCUACCUACACCAAGUGGCCGACUUUAUUGAGCGCUUGCCCCACACCGAGUUCUGGGGCUACAAUCGUGUCGGACAUAACACCUAUCCCAACCUGGUACCUCUAUUGAGUGGUAAUACAUCCGACGAUCUUGAGGAUAAAUGCUAUAGGUAUUAUACUAACUAUGACCAUUGUCAUUUUUUGUGGGAUGACUUCAAAGCUGCGGGUUACGAAACAGUUUUUGCGGAGGACACCGACAUGUAUGCAUUAUUCGUUUACCUAAAGGGGGGCUUCAAGAAGCAACCCACUGAUUACUACUUUCGGUCUUUGCUGCGGGAGGCCGAAGUAAAUAGUUUAUAUCGAACAGAAUUGGACUUCAGAUGCACUGGCGGUCGACUUUAUGAGCAGCAGUACUAUGAGUUCAUUUAUAAACUCCUGCCACACAUGCGACAACGACCCUUCUUCUCAUUCUUGUGGAAGAUGCAGGGGAUUCACGACCAUUUCAACUUUGCCAGGUUGGUGGACAGCGACUUCCUGAAUAUGUUUCGAAAGAUACAAGAGCAAGGCAUCAUGGAUCACACACUGAUCUUGUUUAUGAGCGAUCAUGGCAUUAGAUUUGAAGGCUUUGCGAAAACAUAUUUGGGACAACGCGAGAUGUCGCAGCCCCUCCUCAUUGCAAUUUAUCCGGAAUGGAUGGUGGAGAGGUAUCCCCUGGCCAUGAAGAAUCUUCAAAAUAAUGCUCGAAGUUUAAUAACUACAUUUGACCUACAUGAGACCCUCAAAGACAUACUCCACCUGGAUCUAAUCACCGAUGAAAAUAUUAAGAACCGAACACAGCAUUUGCCAGAGACCCAAAAAGGAAUCAGUCUCUUUUUACCGAUUCCCGAUCUCAGGAAUUGCAACAUCGCCGGAAUACCACGGCACUACUGCCUUUGCGAAGAACUCACCAGUAUACCCAUUGAAAAGAUGUCCGUCCAGCUAGCUGCCCGGUUCGCAGUGGCCAAAAUCAAUGAACUGAUCCAACCGUAUCCCCAGUGUAAACAGUUGCGAUUGAAGGACGUCACCGACGCCUACGGAGUGACAAAAGACGAUAUUUUACAGAUUCUAGUCCGCUUCAGGACGAAACCUGGGGAUGGAUGCUUCGAUGCCACAAUUCUUGAAAAGAAUCUGAAACUAUCCGGAGGAAGGAAUCUAACCCUGGGCGGUCCUGUCACAAGAACCGAUAGAUAUGAUCACCAAUCGUUUUGCGUUAAGAACUUUCAGAUUGAAAUGUAUUGUUAUUGUCUGUAACUAUUUUAUAGGAUUUUCAUAAAAAUGUUUAAUAUUUUAUUAA